UGCGCACAAAAGUUGAACUUCAUUGUUUUAUUUGUUUUAGUUAUAUACAUUUAUUCAUUUAUUUAUUAGGAAAGAACUUCAGUGGAAGGAUCCGCUCGAAGUGCUCAGACUGCUCGAACCGCCUCGGAGUCUCAGCCUUGGUCUCAGCCACCCUCAGGUUCACAACGGUUCGCAACGCACCCGAUAGCUAGCCUAGGGUAGCGAUGAAGAUUUCGUGAGCUUUUCAAUAUGUGGUGAUGUGGUCAAGAUCACGGUGGUGAUGAACAGUUGAGGAAAGCCGUAGGGUACUGAUGUCGCUGAUCUCCACAGAGCUGGCGGUACGUGUCCAUCUUGACUGAAUCAUUUCCACGGCUUCGACCUCCGAUCCUCGUGAGCCAUGCCCGGGUGUUCGGCCGACGGGUGCACUAACAGCACUGUCAAGGGUUUCCGGAUGCAUCGGUUCCCGGUGGACAUGAAACGGAGACUCUUGUGGGCCGUUGCCAUGGACAGGCGGGAUCAAGGCAGCGGCAAGUUGUACCUCCCGAACCCUACCUCGGUCCUCUGCGAAAAACACUUUGAGAAGACUUACUUCCUGCCGAGCGGACAUCUGUCGUACAACGCGGUGCCGACGAUAUUUGACCACUCCAACAAAACGCCCCCAACUGUUCAAAAGACUGGGACUGCUCGGAAAUCUCCGAAACCGUCGGCGCUUGAAGCUGGGUUGCAUGAUUAUGCCUUUACUAAGAGAAAAAGAGCCCGUGACGAGUCGUCCCCGGAGCGAGAGCGCGCUACGGACGAAGCGGAGCAUUCAGCGCAGCACACCGUGCUUGAAUCCACGCUAACUGCGGCACAGGGGCUCACCCUGCUCGGGGUGCAAGGGGGUAGCGUGCCCGCGGAAGGAGAGCCAACCCACCUUGCCACGCGAGACGUUGCCGAUCCCGAAACGCCCAAAUCCGACUCGGCUGCGGUGCACGAAGGUGAGCCGCGCAGUUCGACCGAAGUGCAAGAGGUUAGUCAGUCUCCAUCGGAGAACGUGUCGGGAGCCCAACCUGAGGCACCCUGUUCCGGAGACUCCGUAGUCCAAGGCUCCGACGGACCCGGAUUGCAGGGAUUGGGCCCGCCGGCACCGUACAAGUACACCAUUUUCAUCCCGAAAUGUCCCGACUACCAGAUCAGACCACGGCCUGCCCCGCCCCCUUCCAAGGUGCGCACCCCGCCCCCUCCCAAACGGCGUGUUCUUCCGAAACGGCGGGCGUCCAACCAGCCCGCACCUCGAGUACCAGCGCAGCCGGCGGCAAUCAAGUUCGCCCGGCCAGCCGGCGGAAAGACCAUCGAGAUUGUGGUGCUCGCACCCAAUCCGUCCGAAGGGGCACGAGGGGGAGUUGACGCAACCUCGUCGGACGGAUCCGGCCUGCCCGUGGUGCAAGUGUCGCUGGCGCGCAAGUCCGAGCGGCGCGUUUACGACCUGCGUCACCGAAUCGCGCUGCUGCAGCAGCAGAAGAAGAAGCUGACGCAGAAUGUCUCCGACGCCCGGCGCAAGAGCGAGGGGCUCAGGGGGAACCUCGGCAAGUUUCUGACCGAGAACCAGGUGGAGAUGCUCGAGCGUAACUCGACGCGGGGACAGAAGUGGACAGACGACACGAUGCUGAGGGCCGUGCGGCUCUGGUCGGCAUGCGGCACGAGCGGUUACGCCGAACUCCUCGAGCAAGGCUACCCGUUGCCUUCGGUGACCACGUUGCAGCGUCAUCUUCGGAGUACCGGUGGAUCACCGGACAAUGGAGUGGCACCAAGCGACGGUGCGGCACCGAACGACGGUGCGGCACCGAACGACGGUGCGGCACCGAACAACGAGUGACCGGGGUUCGUAAGAAUGAAGCAGCACAGAACAUAUUGUCGCCUCUUGUUUGGUUUGUUUGGGUGUGUAAUCGUUUUGUCCGUCGGGCUUCAGCUGGAAAGAUUAGGACCGUGUUGCAAAAUUGACUAAAUUUUACCCCAGGGUAAGUGUUUUGUACCUCUGCGUUCGAAAACCUGCCCGCGUUCAGCGUCGCUCUAUCUGUGUUAUCACGUGACACGACCCGCCGAAGUAGCUCGGAUCUGUUUAGGUAAGAUUUCAAACGCAGCCUAGUAGAUGUCCCUCGCGAGAUUACACUCAUUUGUUUUCUAAGUUCGAUUGAGUUCUGAAUGUUCGCAUGCUCAUAUAUGCUUUUACCUGAGCUGCAUCUCUGCGAAGUCAUUUAAAUUAAUAAAAAUUUUGUAGGAUGUUUUUGCCUUCCAUUCGAGUGUCGUCGAAAGCUGGAGUGAUUAUCGAAAGAAGUUUCAUAGGGGUGCACGAUUUUUUAGCAAGUCCCUGGAGUCGAUAAUCCCCGAAGCUGCACUUGAAACCAGCUAGAGCUCUACCGUAAAAUACAGAGCAUCCGCCCAUUCUACGAGCGCACACCCCUCAAUUUUAUAGCAUUAGAAAAUACACAAAGGAUAUAUCUUUGCACAUGGUUUACCCUAGGAGCUUCCAUCUCCCUGUUUUACAUGAUCAUCUCCAAACUUUGAGUGGGCACUUGCUCAGAAUUUUAUGGUAUGUAUGCUGUUAUGCAUCUGUGUUUGCUCUACAGAUGUGAGUAACAUGCCAGCUUACUGAUGCAGAAUUGGUUAAUUUAGUAUAUUUUUAAAUGUGUUCACUUGACUUAGUCACAAACUUGUAGACUCGACCAUCUCGAGAGUUCUGCACUGCGUUAUAAGGUGUGCUUUUUUAGAGCGCAGCUCCUAGGCACCCGUUUUCAGGUUGAGCGGCCUCGCCGUUGCCAUAACCGCGCAUUGCAUUAUGG